AUAAGCUCUUUGAACUGGUAAGAACAUAUAGAUGUCUUUUGAAUUGGUGUAUUGCUAUGAUAAUUCCUUCACAAUGCCCUUUUGGCUUAGUUUUCUUAAAAUAUAUGUUUUUAUUAUUUUAUUUAUUUAUUCAUUAUUGCCUAUAUUCUAAAGCUGAGGGUUUAUAACACUCGCAGUGACACAGAAUAUUCCUUUAGGCAUAAAAAAAUAAGAGAAAAAGAAAAUGAAUAGUGCUAAAUUAUAUAUUUCCCUUAAUAAAAGCUCGCCACAAAUAAUAAUUUCCUGGUGAAGGCUCGACCCAACAACUACGCGCCAUGCCGUACGCGAAGCCACCUUCUUUUAUGGUGAAAUGCCCCGUGGAAUCCGAACCCGACGCUCACAAGUACGCGCAACGGUUACGAUCUCAGUUCCAACAAACCAUCCGCAGCUCCACCUUCCCUCCAAGUUCGAUGGACCUCCUCCUCUUGACCUCUCGCUCGCCCGCUCCCACCUACUCCCCCUCUCGCCCCCAUUUCCCCCAUCGCCGCCUCGCUCUCCCCUCUCCUCUCGCCCUCCUCGCUACCCCGAGAAUCCGAAUCCGGACCCAUGCUCGCCUUCUACCACCGCGCCCCGCUGCCGCAAGAAGCGAUCCCGGGGCUGCUGAGCACGCUGACGAUACCCCCGUCGCCGCCGGCGGAAUCGAUGAGUCCGACGGUUCCGUGGUGUCGGUUCUCCGUUCGGAUGGGGCGGGUUCGGAGUCGCCGAGCAUUUGGAAGCAGAUAAAGGAAAUCGCCGUGUUCGCGGGGCCGGCGUCGGGGCUCUGGAUUUGCGGCCCGCUGAUGAGCCUCAUCGAUACCAUGGUCAUCGGCCAGGGGAGCUCCUUGGAGCUCGCCGCCUUGGGUCCGGGAACGGUCUUUUGCGAUUACCUUUGCUACGUCUUCAUGUUUCUGUCGAUUGCAACUUCCAACAUGGUUGCCACUUCACUUGCUAAGAAGGAUAAAAGGUUAGUGCAGCAUCAGAUAUCCAUGUUACUGUUUGUUGCUUUUGCUUGCGGGCUGGGAAUGCUUUUGUUCACAAGAUUGCUGGGCACACAAAUACUAUCUGCUUUUGUUGGAUCAGAGAAUUUACACCUUGUUCCUGCUGCCAAUUCAUAUAUUCAGAUUAGAAGCUUUGCAUGGCCUGCAGUUCUUGUUGGCAUGGUUGCUCAGAGUGCUAGUUUGGGAAUGAAAGAUUCAUGGGGACCUUUAAAGGCUUUGGCAGUUGCUAGUGCAGUAAACGGUUUUGGUGUGAUUUUCCUUUGUUGUGUUUGUGGGUAUGGUAUCGCUGGAGCUGCUUGGGCAACAAUGUUGUCACAGGUUGUUGCUGCUUUUAUGAUGAUGGAAACCCUUAGAAAGUCAGGUUUUAGUGCAUUGUCAGUAUCCAUUCCUUCACUCAGAGAUUUCCUCCAAAUAUUGGGUAUUGCUGCUCCAGUAUUCAUGACAAUGACAUCGAAGGUUGCAUUCUAUUCCCUGCUCACCUAUUCUGCUACAUCAAUGGGGACAAUAACCAUAGCAGCCCAUCAGGUUAUGAUUAACGUCUUCUUCAUGUGCACAGUUUUUGGUGAACCCCUCUCACAAACUGCACAGUCUUUUAUGCCAGAAUUGAUGCAUGGAGUUAAUCGCAGUUUAGAGAAGGCACGCAUGUUACAGAAAUCACUUGUGGUGAUUGGAGCUAUAGGUGGACUGACCAUAGGAGCUGUUGGAACAUCUAUCCCAUGGCUUUUUCCUUACAUUUUCACAACUGACAAUGUGGUCAUUGGGGAGAUGCACAAGGUCCUGCUUCCUUACUUCAUUGCAUUGAUGGUGACACCUUCAACGCUUAGUCUUGAAGGAACAUUGCUGGCUGGCAGAGAUCUUAGGUUUUUUAGUCUGUCAAUGAUUGCUUGUUUUUGUGUGGCUGGACUUCUCUUGUCGCUCGUCUGCAGUAAAGGUUUUGGUCUCCCAGGCUGCUGGUGGGCCCUUGUUGGAUUUCAAUGGGCCCGCUUUUCACUUGCUUUACAGCGGCUUCUUUCCCCUCGUGGCAUGCUUUUUAGUGAAGAGUAUUACCAACAUCAAUUGGUGAAAUUGAAGACGUAGUUCAUCGUCCCUACGGGGUGAUUCUUUAGCCGCAAGCAUUCUUUCGCCAUAACAUCACCGGGUAUUAAUUUUGUCAGCAUUAUCUCUUCGGUGUUUGUUAAUAGAAUUCAUCUAAAGAAAUAGCUCCGUUUUUCUUUGCUUUUUUUUUUUUUCUUCUCUUUAGGCUCGUUCGUUUUCUUGGAAGAAUAUUAUAGGAUGUGUAAUAUAGGCACAAUGUGCACUUUCCGUAGCUUUUUGCAGGGAUGAUUGGAUGAUGCAGAGACUAGCAUUAUGUAUCUUGCCACAAAACGAUCAUUCUUGCCAAGCAUACACAAAAGCAAAUGGUCGCACGCGGGAGCAGUAAGUUCUCGAGAAGUGCAGCAUCUUUCCACGUGUAAAUCUGAACAUCCUUCCAUCCCACAGGAUGGUGACCACCAAUCUAUCAAUGCCAUAACCGAUGGUUUUUAUUGGUUGGAAGAUAUUUUUGGUUAGGCUAGCAAUUGUGGCUCAUAACGUGUUAGUUAACAUAUAAACCGAUAGAUGUGACAGUUUAAAGCUUUCAGAUAAACUGGUAAUGUGUUUGUUA